GGACCGACUGGCCGGACCGGCAGGGCGCGGAGCGGUCCGCGAGGGCCCUGCGAGGGGAGGGGAAGUGGCGUGUCUGUCUGUCCGCCUGUCCCACGUGCCCCCGCCAUGGCCGCGAUCUACUCCGGGAUUUACGGGAAGCUGAAAAGCUCCAAGACUUCUUGGGAGGACAAACUCAAGUUGGCCCGUUUCGCGUGGAUUUCUCGUCAGUGCUUCCUACCUAAUAAGGAGCAAGUAUUACUCGAUUGGGUAAGCCAUACAUUGGUUUCAAAUUACAACAAGAAACUGGAACUGGACGAUGAAGUUGUUGAGAAACUCUGGACAUACCUAGACAAUGUUAUCCAUAGCAGAAGACUACAGGAUCUCUUAAAGAGUGGGAAAACAAUUGGUCUCAGUUUUUCAAUUGCACAGGUCAUAAAUGAAAGGUUAUCAGAGGCCUGUUCUCAAAAAACACAGCAGAACAUUGGCACAGUGCUGAACUGCUCCAGUGGCAUCCUUUCUACUCCUUCACUCUCCAUCAUUUACACAGCAAAGUGUGAGCUUCUGGUUGAUCUCCUCAGCAAGCUGUGCAAGCUGGCAUGUCAGCACUUGGCUUCUGACAGCGCUGUGGGUUCUCAGUUGUUCAGCGUCCUCCAGCUUACCUUUGCUCAGUACCUCCUGAUCCAGAGGCAGCAAACCAACCCAAAUCGUGUGUUUGGGCAAGUGACAGGUCACUUGCUCCAGCCAUGUCUGCUCCUAAGGCACUUGCUGACUGUGAGAGGUUGGACACAAGCAGAUGAUAACCAUGUGCGUCAGCACCUGAGCAGGGAAAUCCGAAACCAAAUUGAAACUUUGCUGCAGGCUGGGUUGUUCCAGGCUGAGCUUUUCUCAUCCUACAGAGAGGAGUUGCUGCCAGAACAGGAAGUCCAGGAGAAGAAGAAAGGAUCUUUUAAAAGUCUUUUGCUACCAGUCAACACAGUGCAGACCAGUCUGGGCAGUGACUUUUGUGAACCUGCUCUCCAUGGAGCGGUUGUGGCUGGUUCUGUGUCCCUGAUAUAUAAGCUCUUUCUGGACUCGUACUGUAAGGCGGAAAACCACCUUGUGUGUUUCCACAUGUUCAGCAGGCUUUUUGGCUGUCUCAGGCUCUCUGACCUACAACAGGGAGGGAGGGGAGAUACGCUCUCCCCUGUGGACUGGAGCACAGAGCUGCUUGCUUUGGAGCAGCUUCUGAGCUUGGUGCUCAGCAGUGAUAUCUAUAAUGUCGCCAGUGACCGUAUCCGGCACAAGGAGGUGCAGUUUGGGUUUUACCGCAAGCUGGCGCAGACGUUGCUGACGCACUCGCAAGCUUCCAUCCCCGCUUGGUUCAGGUGUCUCAAACUCCUGAUAUCAUUAAAUCACCUUAUAGUAGAGCCAGACCUGGAUGACUUAGUGUCGUCGGCUUGGAUUGAUGCUGAGGCCUCUGAACCUCGUGUGAAGAAGCCACAGGAGACUCUGAUCAACACCAUGUUUCAGACUUACUCCAAGCUGCGACAGUUCCCACGGCUCUUUGAGGAGGUGCUGACAGUCAUUUGCCGCCCAGCUGUUGAUGAGCUGAGGCCACCCAUCUUCUCUGCUGGCCUGACAGUAAAGCUUCGUGAGUGCCUCCUUGAACUUCCACCCAACCAGAUUCUGGACAUUCUGUGUCUCUUUGUGGAGAAAUGCCAAACCCUUAUCAUUCCUGCAGUUGAAGGGUCAACUGACAUGGCCUUGAAGCUGAUGGCAGUGUGCUCGGUGCUGCAUGCUUUUCUGUUCAACAUGAGGAGCCUAGACGAUGUCACUCCUUCCCCUGUGGUGCUUCGCACUCAAAGUCUGCUGGCAAAGAUACAGAAGGGAAUAAUUCAGCCACUGAUGGAGCUGCUGCAGGCUCCUAGAAGAGAGGAAGAGAAGUCAGACCUUUGGCUAAGAAAGGCCAGUGACGCUGCUCUCCUCCUCGUUUACACUUGGGUUGAGGUAGACACUCUGUUUGGUGUUAGCUGCAGUAAAUAUGUGUCUCCAACAGCUGAAAUUGCCGGUGCUGUUACUGAACCUGCUCCAAAGCAGGGGUAUUUCAGCAUUUCAGCUUUUCUCCCUGCUUUGAGGGAACAGUCUUGGGAGAGAGUCAUGGAAAUUGCAAAUAGUUUUGCCUCCCCUAGUAAAUAUUGCUUAGAACUUCUCAUGCUUCAGAAAAUGAAGAUGAUCUUAAUGCAGACCGAAGCUGACCUACAGGCCUUGCAGCAUGCUGCAGCUUUCAUCCUGGAGUCUGGGAGAUCCAUCAUGAGCAGAGGAGAAUCUGAACCGUGGGAUGGAGAUAUCAGCACGAUAAGUGAUCUCACUUACCCCACAGCACACUGGCACCUCAUCAUGUUCAACCUGAAUAUCCUAUUGCCAUAUAUUUCCUUAGAAGAUACAGAGUAUAUUGCAAAUGUGCUUCUAGAGACAUUAAUGCUUGCCAAAGCUCAGGAAGCUGCCAUGGACCAGGAGAAUUCCAUCAGCACUGAAAAGAUAUCUCUUGGCUUGAUGCACAGCUCCUUUCUUCCAGAAAUGAAGAUCCUGCACUGUGCUUUUCUGACCAGGCUUAUUAAUAAGUUUUCUAUGGUGCUGCCCAUUGCUACCAGGGAUCUGGUAGAUCUGCCACUUCAGCAGCUGUUUGCAAGUAAUAUCCCUUGGCAUGAAGAAAUCCUGGCUCCUUGCAAAACUGUUGACCUGCUGGAAGUACCAUCAGAAAACAAACUGCUGAAGGAUGAGCUCAGCUUGUCUUGGACAACCCUGGAGAAAGUUGCCCAAAGUAUAGUAUUGUUUGCAAAAAGUGGUUGCCCUGUCACCCUGAAAGAAAGUCAGCUAGAAAGCUGCCUGGGUUUGCUGGACAUUUUUUCUCUUCUGAAACUAGACAGUUUUCUUCCCUCUGACUGUACUCGGUGUUUUCUGGUGCUGCUGUCCCUGCUAGCCAAUACCAGGGCUAGUACCUCUUGCAGCAAAUUGUUAUUCCUGAAGUUUUUAAGUACUUGCCUCCACCUCCUGAGGUGCCUGCAAGCUGGCAGGAAUGCCAACUCUGUUUUUAAGGUGUUACAUGCCAGUGAUGUUCUUGAGCAUGUCAUGGCCUCCCAGUUUACAGCGAGCAAAUUGUUUUCUGAUGUCUUUACUGUUCCUGUUUGGGCACAGUAUCUCCAGGAAGUCCAAGCUUUUCUGGAAAACUUUCUUCAGAUGAUAAUUGAAAGACGACAAAGUGUGAGGCUCAACUUGGAAAAGUUCAUAUCUUUCCUGGUAAGCUGCAAGCCAGACGCCAGUGCAGCCAAAAGCGAAGAUCAGAAAAACUGGAAUCCUGCAGCUGAGCAGUUGCUGCUCAUGGCAUUCACCACACUGUGUCAGGUUGUCACACUCUACCUUCAGCAGCUGCCAGAAAAGAGGCUGCAUUCUGCAGAUGUGCUGUCUGCUCUGCUGGAGCCCGUAGUUCUGCAGAUGGUCAGAACUGUUCAACAUGGUCUUCAGAGUAGCACCCCAAACAAGCUUUUGCCUGUAGCAUUCAUACCAUCUGUCACUACUCUCCUCAAAGCAGAUCUGAGCCAUCCCGUCAGGAGGGGCUGGCAGAAGGAGCCCAAUGGGUUUUUGGAGCAACCUCGUAUUAAACUGUACCAAGAGUUUUACUCUCAGAUACUGAGAGAACUGCCCUGUGCAGGAGAUAAUCUUCAGUUCCUUCAGCCUGCGUUGCAGUUCCUGACAGUCUUCUGCUCAGUGCCAGAGCUGUAUCCUGGAAAAGAAAUGGCAGUCAUGGUUGGUUUUGCCAUAAAAAAGCUUCUCUCUGGUCCUGCAAUCACAACUCAGGUGAUCCAAAGUAUGGAGAUGGAGCUGACAGAAGUGCUUGUCCAGCUGCUGGAAAACUGCUCUGCUGAGGAGUUUUAUGCCAUGAUGAGGCUGGUGCUGCAGGGACUCGAAUUGAGGAAUGUUUGGCAACAGAAGGCUAAAGAAGUGUUGUCAGCUGUUACCCUCACUAAAUUGUUGCUCAGAUGCCCAUUAAGUGGAGACAAAGUGAAAGCUUUCUGGUUUACCAGCCCACAGAUAAUCACAGCUUUAGCGAUGCAAACCAAAGAGGCCUGCCAGGACCAAUCACUGAUUUCCAUCAUAGUUGUACCUAUUCUAGAGACUGUAGCAGCUCUGCUAAGGCAAGGAGAAGGAGUUCUUGUGAAUCCACAUCAUGUGUCAUUGGCAUUCAGCAUUCUCCUAACAGUCCCUCUGGAUCAUCUGAAGUUAGAAGACUAUCGUGGUGUCUUCCUGGGAGUCCAUGAAGUGCUCUUCUCUAUUGUGCAGUGUCAUCCAAAGGUGCUGUUGAAAGCAGCACCAUCUUUUCUGAGCAGUUUCCAUCGUCUGGUUGUUUCUGUCAUGCAUGAAGGACGUCAGAAAGCAGACAGAGGCAACACAGAUGAGUUUGAAGUUAUACUGCAAUGUGCACACUUGGUGGAACGGAUGUAUACUCACAUUGCUGCAGAAAUGGAGGACUUCACUGUGUUUUCUUCUUUCAUGGUGGCUCAGUAUGUGACUGAACUGCAGAAGGUGACUUUGCACCCAGCUGUGAAGACACAUCUCACAGAAGGAAUAUAUCACAUCCUUGACCUUUGCAUUGAACGGGACGUCAAGUUCUUAAAUGCAUCAUUACCAGCAGGUGUAAGGGAGGUCUUUAAGGAUCUGUAUAGUGAUUACAACCACUACCACAAAGCAAAAAAGCAGGGGGAGGAAAAGUACACUGCAUGAUGAAUCCUGUCUGGUGCUGUGUUGAAUGAAUUGACCUUGCAGCACUCAGAACAUCCUCAGCUGCUGUUGGGUUUGGGAUGACUAGUAAGAUCGAAUCUGAAGAGGGUCAUAAACAUUGCCUUUAUACAACCAGCCUUCUUAAUGAGGAAGUGGUUACGGUUACGGGGAGGGAGGAUGUGCUGUUUGGUGUGGUCCUGCUCUGUGCCACAAGUGGCAGAACUGCUGUGCCUGUGCUGGCCCCUGAUGAUCCAUGGGAGCGCUGGGGAGCUCACUGCUCCUUGGCAGCAGAUGGCAGGCUUCAGCCUUUGUCACAUCACGGUGGAAGCAGUAGGCUGGUGUAAAAGCCAGUGAGGGAUAUAACCCUGCUUUCACUUACACGGUAAGCAGAAUUAAAGCAGGUAAAGUGCUUAUUUUUGUACCCUGUUAUUUCACAUUUUGUUACUGAAGAAAUCUGUUACACAGCUGUGCAGUAGGUUACUGUGCAAAACUGUGGAAAUAACAGUAAAAAAAUAUGAAAGUUUGUA